UACAUGUGUCUUACGCUUAUUGCUAAAUAUUCAGCUAACGUAUUUGAAACGCGUUUUAUAUACGAAAACAAGUUUCAAUCAUGGGAAAUAAUAAGGGCAAGCGCAAAGCGCUCACACAGCGUCAAGUUAGCUCCAGAAUGAACUUCCUUUAUCAGGCGUCAAACUUGAUGGCGCACAGCAACAACAACACGCUCGCCGCCUACUACGGCAAGCUCUGUCGCAACGUGGGCACAAAGGCGCUGAUGCACAUGUCGCCAGCGCUGAAGCGCACACUGUGCAAACGCUGCUCCUUGCCGCUGCUGCCGGGCGUUAAUACGUCGCUUAAGCUGGACCAGAAGCAUGAACAGCAGCAGGUGAUUACCGCGGCAGCAGCCACUGCGACGGCAACAAGCACAACCAGCAAACGCCGCCAUCGCCGUUUGCGUAGCAAGCGGAGCAAGGGCCACAAUCAGACUGCCGCCGCUGUCCAAAAAGAUGCCGCACCCAGUGCCAGCAUGGACGAACACGCUCGCCUACACUUGGAGUGUGCUUUGUGCGGGUCGAAACGUCGCUUCCAAGUCGACACACAAAACGAGUGCUGGCCAGAGCGCUCUGAGGCGAUUGUGCAGGUGAUAAGACUGGACGGACAAAGAAACGCAGACGAGGCUGAAGGAGGCGGAGAAGCAGCAGGAGGAGAAGGAGGAGGAACAGCACGAGAGCAGUGAUAAGCGUACUUGGAUGGCAAU